AUGCCAAUGCCAGGUUCAGCAAAUCAAGAGCCUUUGGCAGAGGCAGAAACAAACAUGCUGCAGCGAUUAGAACAACUACAAAUGCAGACGUCCAACAUUCUUAAAAAACUGCAUUCUACUACCACUUUCUCGGAAACAUCAUCAGCUGACCAUGUAAACGAGAAUGGUAUCGUUGCUGCAAGCUCUACUUCUGCGAUGCCUUCCGACAACAUUGAUUCAUUAACUGAGGCGAUGGUUAAUGUGAAAAUAGAUGAAGAUCAGAAAAAGCAAGAAUUUGCUACCAAUUCCAAUACCGAGGACACUCCUUCUCAAGAACAACAAGAAACCCCUCAGAUACCUACUUCUAUUUCACCUAGCAAAACGAAGGUUAAAGCUCGAGCCAUUCGACCUUCCACAAAGCCGACUCGGGAAUCCCUUUCAACCGAUCAACACCAGCGAACUUUACCAUCCCGCUUGUCCGGUCGUCUUUCCACUGGAGUACAAGACACAAGACUUUCAUCGCCUGGUAUUUCUCCAUCCCCAGUACGUCCUCCUUCUUCUCUAGCAUCUCGUUCUUCAUUACCUUCCUCAGCUUGUCCUAAAGUUGCAUUAUCUACUCCCAAGUCGCCAGCUUUGGUAAAUCCUCAAGUUGCUAGAUCUAGAUCUUCCCUGGGUGUUCGCCCUCCCUCCAGAAUCACCGUCAACUCUACUUCUAUUGCACAAGAUACUGCACCUAAAGUACAAUCCAAGCCUUCCAAUGGAGAGAAAGUUUCUUCACCCGGAGCCUCUCCCAAAGUAUCUGCAAGACGAACUAGUGGGGUUUCCAUUGUUCGUCCUGCUACUCGGGCUGCAACAACACGUCCAAUGUCACGAUCUACGGGUUCCUCCUCUGUAGGGAUACGUGGAAAUCAACCUACCACACAAACUCCUACCGUUCCAAAGGCCAAAACCAAUGUACAUGCAAAUAUCCUUCGUCCUUCUACUUCUGCUUAUACCGUACGUCCUGGCUCCAGGAUUCUCCGUGAUCCCGAUCCAUCUCGCGAUUCAUCCAGACAUCCUCCGACUUCUUCUCUGCGUAAUAACUCAUCCCUGGCAGUUCCCUCUCCGCCUAUCGGUACUGUAAAUAGAUCACCGUCAAGAUUAGGACAAACUGGAGCUAAUAUCAGGAAUCCUAGUGCUAAGGUAAUCAGACCUUCAACUGCAGCUGACGUACGAUCUCCUUCGAGAAGUACUACUGCUACUAGAACGCCCUCUAGGCUAGGGCAUACCGGGGCUCCUAUUAAAAACCCAAACGUUAGAGUAGUUAGACCUGGAACUGCCGCUGCGGUGCACUCUCCUGCUAGAAGCACUAUUCCAAGAGCACCAUCUAGGUUAGAUCAAACGGAGGCCACUGUAAAGAAAUCAAACGUUAGGGUAAUGAGACCCGGGACUGCCGCCGGAACACGUUCACCUUCUAGAAUUACAGCACCAAGGACGCCGUCGAGACUAGGACAGGCCGGACCCGAUACUAAAAAAUCAAAUGUUAAGAUUGUGAGACCCGGGACUGCUGCUGGAGUACGGUCUCCUUCUAAUGCGGCUGCCCCAAGAGCACCGUCUAGACUUGAACAAACAGGAGUUAAUGCAAAAAAUUCAAGCGCCAAGAUAAUGAGGCCGGGCACUGCCUCUGGGAUAAGAUCUCCUUCACGACUUGCACAGGCUUCAGUUCCUUCGAAAACUCCGAUUAAUGGAGUUCGAGCAAAAGCUUCAAAUGUUGAACGACCCACAUCCUCAUUACGAAUUCAUGCACCUUCUCGUCCUUUACAGCGCCCAUCGAUCAUUCGCCCAACCACGUCUUUACGACAUGAGCGAAGCAAAGUUCAAGGAAUAUCCAGUCCAUUGCCAGAAGAUAUCGACGUAUCUAAAAAGUGUGAGUCCAACGAAUCCUUAGACCUCAACAAAAUAAAUUGA